AUGUCCGGCACCCAUGAGCCGCUGCAGGAGAUGAACUUGAACGAAAAGGAGGCGUUCGACAGUCUCAUUCGCCCGGAUGAUUCGUAUACUCCAGAUGGCGUCUAUUGGGCCGACCUGCCACUACUAAAGAGGAUAAAAUUUGUCGGUGCAUAUGAUAUGAAAGAAGCUGCAAGAGAAUUCUCUGGUGUUUGCAAAAUGUUCAAAGCCGACCCCUUGUCGCCGGUGUCAUAUUAUUUUCGAAACAUGGUUCUGCCUGGUGCCGGGCUGGGUCUAGAGGGUUAUGUUUUGUUUUCCAUCGGCAACAUCAAACCUUUAUUCGAAAAAACAUUCCCAAAGUGUUGGAAGAAACAAGAAAUUUGCAACCCGACCUGGAUUGCGGCUGUCGAAUACCUCGAAAUUUGUGGUAUUAUUGUUGGUCAGAUUCUUGUGGGAAUUCUCGGCGAUUGGCUUGGUCGACGAUGGGGUCUGAUUCAAGAUGCCACGAUAAUGCUUUUAGGUUUGAUCAUGCUGACAGCAGCGUGGGGUGUCACGCAGAAUGGUUGGGUUAUAUGUUAUGUUUGGUCCCUGUUUAUUUAUGGCAUUGGGGUGGGUGGUGAAUAUCCAAUGACUGCUACAAGCGGCAUGGAAAAUGCUGUCGGUUCAGGUAAGGUUUCGACUAAGGAAGAUCGACUACAUCGGGGUAGAAAAGUCACAAGUGCAUUCCUUAUGCAGGGCUGGGGCCAGUUUUUCAAUCAGGCUCUCCUGAUUAUACUGCUUCUUAUCUUCCAUCAUGGCAGUGGAAACCCCCCCUAUUCUACAGUUUCCGCGCAAUGGACGUAUCGAGUAUCAUUUGCAAUUCCCGCGGUAGGUACAUUGUGGCUGGUGUACUACCGAUACUACAAAAUGAAGGCUGCUAGCAAGCAGCUUUCCAUUGCAAAGGCUAAAUCCCGUGUCACCGGCUACGAUACUACCUCCCUCAAGCUUACUUUCAAGUAUUUUGGGUUUCGUCUUUUAGCCACUGCUGGUACGUGGUUUGCAAAUGACAUUUUCUUUUAUGGAAACAAGCUGUUUCAAAGCGAGUUUAUAUCCGUGAUAAACCCACAUACGACCUCAAUCAUGCCCGGAUGGCUAUAUAACCUCCUCAAUGUCGGUGUUUCUCUUGUUGGGUACUACUUGGCUUCACUCCUCAUUGACAACAAGCUGUAUGGACGCAAAUGGAUGCAGAUGAUUGGUUUUUUGAUGGACUUUAUUUUCUUCAUAAUUCCGGCAUACCACUUCAAGUACUACACCUCGCCUGAACACAUUGGCGCCUUCCAAGCUAUGUACUUUUUAAGCAGCUUUUUCAACCAGUUUGGCCCAAAUUCCGUGACUUUCUUGGUCGCCGCCGAGGUUUUUCCAACCCCGAUCCGCGCUACAGCCCACGGUUUUUCGGCUGCCAUUGGUAAGCUUGGGGCGCUAGUGGCUGCGGUCAUGUACAACUAUAUAUCCACAACCCAAAAAUUCCAUGUCGUACCCUGGUUUGGCCUUGCUGGCAUGAUUCUCACAUUUAUAUUCCUUCCAGAUACUACUGGUCUUGAUUUAAAAGAACAAGAGCGCCGCUGGUUCUAUAUUCGCAAUGGGCGCGAAGACGAGUAUCACGGUUCGGCCGUGCACCCGUCUCAUCUAUCGCUCUGGGAGCGGUUUCGUGGUGUUGGUAAACACUACGAUGCUGAGCUGGACUAUAAACAGAAAGUACAAGAGCUUCGAGAAGAGUGGCUCGCCUCUCUGGCCCGCCACGUUGACGAAAAGCCCCGUCCAUAUACGGAUGCAGACCUUAGUGAAGGUCUUGGAUAUGCAAGUGUGUUGCAAUAUUUCGAGCGUACCAGUCCCACAAUCACUGCAAAACAACGGCUUCCGAGCUAUAAUAGAGAUGGCAUGGAGGAGUUACCGCCUCCUCAAGCUGGAAGCUCAGAAGAAAUUUCCGAUUAA